AUGAUUCUUAAUCCUUCUGUAUUUUUAGCCUUAUUAGGAUUGACAAGUGUGAACGCACUUACCGUUUCGAAAAAUACUCUUAUUAGUACCGGUGACACCAGCUUUAACGAAGAUGUCACUAUCAAUGCCGGUGAUUUUUUAGCAAUCGACUCAGGUUAUACUCAUAACUUUUUAAAAGAUUUAUUCGUUUACGGUACACUUUACAUUAGUGAUAAACAAAAGCACUCAGGUAUUACUUGCGACUUAAUUGGUUCAGGAACUUAUAAAAACUAUGGUGAAGUAGUACUUAAUCAUCUUAACGGUACUUCGGCUCCAACAUUCCUGUGGCAGGGAGCUUAUUUCUAUAACUAUGGGGAUAUGUGGCUCGCAGGGAUUGGUAAUACUGGUGGUUCAACUAUGAAUAUUAGACCUACUAACUAUUUUUAUAAUCUGGGAACCAUUACUCUUUACCAAUCUGGAACACGUACUGGUGGGACUUGUCGUUUGGGAAAAGACGGUGGCUCCAUCACAAAUGACGGUACUGUCUGUCUUCAACAGAACAUUUAUGAUCAAUACUCCUCCAUAUCUGGAAGUGGUUGUUUUGAUAUUGGAAUUAACAGUAAUUUUCAUAUUACUAAUUCACAUUUGUACACAAUUUCUGAGGCUCAUACAUUCCUUCUCAGUUCAAGUUCUUCAAGUUUGAGAAUUGAUAACUAUAAACCUUCUCAAAGAUUCCACGUAGCUGGAUGGGGAAACAAUAACGUUAUUGGGUUUAAUUGUAAAAUCAAGAGUUUCACAUACAGUGGAGACACCUUAUCUAUAGUAGUUGGAAGUUAUACGUAUUAUAUUGUAAUUGGUACCGGAUAUGAUUCUACAAAGAUGAGAAUUGGUGCAGCUGAUUAUGGUUCUGGUAGUUGUAAGUUAAGUAAUACUAACUUUGGAUUGUUGUACUCUGGUGCUCCUCCUUCAUCAGCUAGACCAAGUACUUGCAAAGCUUGUCCAGCGAUCCCAAAUCCACCAGCUUGUGCAUCGAGUACAUCGAGUCCAAACCCUACUAAAACUAUCACUUCUACAGUUCCAGGAGGAAAGGCUACUUCUACUGUCACUAAAACUCAAACCCAUGGUGGUACCGAUACAGUUAUUGUGGAAAUUCCAUCCAGUUGUACUACUUCUACUAAAAAAGGUAAAACCACCAGUACCAAGUGUACUACUUCUACUAAAAUUGGUAAAACCUCCAGUACCAAGUGUACUACUUCUACUAAAAUUGGUAAAGCUUCCAGUACCGGCUGUACUACUACUACUAGAAUUGGCACCUCCUCCAGCACUGGUACUAUCACUACUACAAUAAAUCAUGUUACUGUUACUAUCACUACUACUUGGACUGGGGAAUAUACUACAACGGAAACACAUUCGGCAUCACCCUCUGCCGCUUAA